GGGCCGACUUGAGCGCAGCUCGGCGGGAGGCGGCCGAAUCGCCGGGACCGAGCGGGCGGGCCGCGGCCAUGGAGCUGCCUGCUGUCAGCCUCAAGGUUAUCAUUAUGGCACACUGGCUGCUCACAGUGUGGGGAUGCAUGGAUUACAUAUUUCCAGCCUCCUAUGCCUGGGGAAAUUUCAGUGUCCUUGCAGUGGGGAUCUGGGCCAUUGUGCAGCGAGAUUCCCUUGAUGCCAUCACAAUGUUCCUGUUUGGCCUGCUGCUCACAGCUGUCACAGAUUUGAUUCAUAUCUCUCUCUUCUACCCUUCACACAAGGAUCUCAGUGAUCUGAAGCGUUUCAGUGUAGGCAUGGCCAUCUUCAGCUUCCUCCUCAAACCUGUGUCCUGCUAUUUGGUGUAUCAAAUGUGUCGUGAGCGUGGAGGAGACUGCACCUUUAACAUAGACUUGAAGUCCUUGUCUGACAGCUAUUUUGCCCACAGUGGCAUUGAUGUCAGCAGUGCAGGCCGAGAUCGCAGCGCUUAUGAGCCAAUUGAUCAGCAAGUUGCCCCUCCGCAGUGGCCUGACUCAAGCAGAACAGCCCAGCAGCCAUACUGAGGCCCUCUCUGCCACACAGAAUUGAGAACGGAGGUUUCCCUCACCCUGCCUAUCCCUGCACUCUUCCCCAGUCUGUUCUGAGGAGCAAGACCUGCUAUUGAGCAGACAGGAGAAGAUAUGGAAGGUUAGGCAGAUGAGUCAAGAAGAUCUCAGAGGUGACUUGUUAAACACUGUGACUCUGAUCCUGGUACUCUUCUUUCCUCCCUCCUAAAUCUCUUCUUGGAUGUGUGAGCAGAUGCACUUCUUCCAAGCCUUGUGAUGCACAUGCUGUCUACUGUAAGGGGACCACUCAAAAUUCUCGUGGAUAAGCUGUCUUUAAAAGGCUUAUGAGAUGCCCUAAAACAAUACAGUGUAGCCUGCUUUUAGGCAGGUGCAUUUCCAGGAAACAUCUGGCAGUUCCUGAGGGCUGGUUUAGAUGGUAAACUGGGAUUCUAUGGUUUGCAUAAAGCUGGGGCUGGUAUAAAACACUCUUACUGAGCUAGGGAGGUGCUUGUGCUCCCAAUUUUGGGCUUUAUUCACUGAUGUUUUUAUGCAAGUCGAGUGUCCUUCAGGUUACUUAAAAUGGCUGUUGAUUGUAGAUUAUAAAUACUCUGUGCCUUCAAAUGUCAUUUUGCCUUCAGCUGCCUAGGUUAACAGAACUUGAAACGUUCCAUUUCUCUAAAAAAACUGCAGAAGGAAUACAGUUUUUCCGUGUUGGAAAGUUA